GACUUUUCAUUGAUACAGCAAGAAAUAUAUAUGGUUAAAGAAUGCAAACAUUGCAACAUAGUCGCCUAUUUUGGGAGCUAUCUCAGCCGUGAGAAGCUGUGGAUAUGCAUGGAAUACUGCGGUGGAGGAUCCCUCCAAGACAUUUACCAUGUUACAGGACCUCUGUCAGAGUUACAAAUCGCAUAUGUAUGCAGAGAAACUUUACAGGGUCUUGCUUAUUUGCAUAUGAAGGGCAAAAUGCAUAGAGAUAUAAAGGGUGCAAAUAUUCUUCUAACAGACCAUGGAGAUGUCAAAUUAGCUGAUUUUGGUGUAGCAGCAAAAAUAACAGCCACCAUUGCGAAGAGGAAAUCAUUUAUUGGUACCCCUUACUGGAUGGCCCCAGAAGUUGCAGCGGUGGAAAAGAAUGGUGGAUAUAACCAGCUCUGCGAUAUCUGGGCGGUUGGCAUAACAGCGAUUGAACUUGCAGAGCUUCAACCACCCAUGUUCGAUCUUCACCCGAUGAGGGCUUUGUUUUUAAUGUCAAAAAGUAAUUUUCAACCGCCAAAGCUAAAGGAAAAAGCAAAAUGGUCAUCAACAUUCCAUAAUUUUGUCAAAAUAGCACUUACAAAAAAUCCAAAGAAGAGACCAACAGCAGACAGACUCCUUUCUCAUGGCUUUGUAGGGCAGCCUGGUCUUUCAAGAUCUUUAGCAGUUGAGCUGUUGGACAAAGUCAAUAAUCCUGACAACCAUACACACUACAGUGAAGUUGAUGAUGAUGAUUUUGAGCCUCACUCCGUUAUCCGCCAUACAAUUCGUUCUACGAACAGGAACAUUAGGGCAGAAAGAACGGCAUCGGAGAUAAACUUUGAUAAGCUGCAGUUUGAGCCCCCUCUACGGAAAGAAACAGAAGCUCGGGAUGAAAUGGUUGUGGCAGCUGGCACUGACUUUGCUUCGCAUUGGAAUCCUUUUGUUGAUGGUGGAAGCAGCAAGGGACUGCUUACAAAAUUUGGCGAUGGGAGUGAAGAUGUUGAAGAAUCAACGCUAAAGCGAGCAGGGCCGCCUCCACUACCUCCUAAGCCGAGAAUAAACAGUUAUCCUGAGGAAAACCUCCCGGAUGAUGAGAAAUGUCAGACAAUAAAACACUUCCCAGACUCGCAGAACAGAGCCCCACCAGCUCACAGGAGACAAAGUAUCCCUGUUUGUGGGCCUCAGGCUGAUUCUUCCUCCGUUGGGAUGACCAGCAGCAUCAGUAGCCCUGGAUUGCUCACAGCUAGAUACAGCGACUUAGGAAAUGGGGAACGCAUGCUGAAACUCAUUGAAGAAAAUGCAGAAGGGUCUGGACAAAUCCCUCAACUGCCACGUAAAAAGGAGAAAAGAGAUUAUCCUAAGCCAGCAAUCAAUGGUUUACCACCAACACCGAAGGUGCUGAUGGGAGCUUGUUUUUCCAAAGUGUUUGAUGGUUGUCCUUUGAAGAUUAAUUGUGCAACAUCGUGGAUACAUCCAGAUACUAAAGAUCAGUACAUUAUCUUUGGCACGGAAGAAGGUAUCUAUACUUUGAAUUUGAAUGAACUUCACGAAGCAACAAUGGAACAGUUAUUUCCCCGAAAGUGCACCUGGCUGUAUGUUAUCAAUAACACCUUAAUGUCCUUGUCAGAAGGGAAAACAUUCCAGCUCUACUCCCAUAAUUUAAUAGCUUUGUUUGAACAAGCCAAAAAAACAGGAUUAGCUGCUCAUAUUCAAACCCAUAGGUUUCCUGACAAAAUAUUACCAAGGAAGUUUGCCUUAACGACAAAGAUCCCUGAUACAAAAGGAUGCCACAAAUGCUGUAUAGUACGAAAUCCAUACACAGGACAUAAGUACCUGUGUGGUGCAUUGCAGUCUGGAAUUGUUCUACUACAGUGGUAUGAGCCAAUGCAGAAAUUCAUGUUAAUAAAGCACUUUGAUUUUCCUUUGCCAAGCCCUUUGAAUGUGUUUGAAAUGCUAGUGAUACCAGAGCAGGAGUACCCCAUGGUCUGCGUAGCUAUCAGUAAGGGUACUGAACCAAAUCAGGUAGUUCAGUUUGAGACAAUCAACUUGAACUCUGCUUCGUCGUGGUUUACAGAAAUUGGUGCAGGCAAUCAGCAGUUAGAUGCCAUUCACGUAACACAGCUGGAAAGAGACACUGUCCUAGUCUGCCUGGACAAAUUUGUGAAAAUUGUGAAUUUACAAGGGAAACUGAAGUCAAGCAAGAAAUUGGCCUCCGAGCUGAGCUUUGAUUUCUGCAUUGAGUCAGUGG